GCGAAGGUGCAGCCAAUGCAUGCAGUAUCUCAGCCGCAGCUCAAGGGCCUCAUCACAACGGUGAAUGCUACGAGCUACGGCGGCAUCAUAGUCGCCAGUGUGUAUCUUGUCACGUCCAUUGGCAUAUCGGGCGGGAACAUUGAGGUGUUGUGGGCCUUGGCACAGAGAGUUGCGGCAUGGGACUCACGGGGCCUCGACUGGAUCCUAGGUGGCGACUGGAACUCCGACAUCGAUGCGCUCAAUGUUCGCAACUGGGUCGAGACCAUGGCGGCCGUCCACUACGUGCCCGACCAGCACACCUGCAUCACCGAUGAGGGCAAGAGCACCAUAGACUAUUUCGUCGUCUGUGCCAAUUUAGCGUCUCGCAUCAAGGGCAAGCCAGAGGUCCAGUAUGACUCCACGGUCGUGCCGCCGCCGCAUUUCCCUGUAGAGCUGCAGCUCAUGGGCGAGGAUCGCCCCACGUGGUGCCGCGUCCCUGUGGAGCCACGUCCCUUUGCGGUGGUGCCGCCAGUUGGCUGUGCUAGGUAUCCCUACCCGUGGCACAGACUUCAGACAGAGUUCCAACGGGUCAGCUGUGCCGACGAUCUGAGCCCGCUCUGGGACUCCGUGUUGCGAGGGGUGGACUACGAGCUGGCAGGGCGUUACGACUGCGUGGGUGCUAAGGCCAUGCAGUACAUCGGACGCGAGGGGCCGCCGCAGUUCAAGUGGCAGCACUUGUCAUGGCAGCCGCCACGCAGGCGCACCUACAAGGAGCCGACUGUGCUGGCCUGGGCCACGGCGAAGCGAUGGGCCCAGCACCUUGUGGCUGAGAAGAAGCGGCUGGCGAGGUACAUCGAGCGCCUCAAGCUCUGUGCUGCCGUGUGCGACAUCACGCCGCUGCAGUGCACUAAGGUCGUCGUGGCUUUCAACGAGGUGGCUUCUUUCGGCGAGGGCUGA